AACCUUUGGGCUGCGUUCCAAAACCUACUCGAUAGGUAGAGUACAUUUAAUUGUCCAAUCAUGAUAAAGAAAUUCUAGUUUUCUUUGCUCUUAUUAGUCAAUUAAAUGCUACUCUAUCCGUCGAGUAGAGUUUUGCCCUUAUGUCACUUCUGCAAGAAAGAACUUGCCAGUGUACACUUUUUCAACUAGUGCAAGAAGUUCAGCUGGAAAGAACAAAUCUUCUAUAUGUUUUCAUAUAGGAGUGCUGCGACAAUGGAGAAAUAAAACUGUUUUCAUAAUAUAAUAUUAUCUGUAAGUUGAUCAUCACCGAAUUAAAAUAAAAGUUAUUAGAGUAACUAAUUUGCGCUGUUAAGCCGAACAAUUACAUACGACAUAAUCUUGUGAGAUAUUGUUCUGUUAAUCACUGUUCUGCCGAUAGUUUUUAUUUGAAAGCAUGUUUGUUCAAAUUCGACAAAAACUAUUGUUCAACACGGUAGUAAAGUAUAGUAAGCAAUGGAAGUACAGUACUUCCACUGUCAGCGAAGUCAAGGAUAUGACAUGCAACACAGAGUCAUUGUAUUUACCUAUUGAAGAUUUGAGUUUCAAAGCUAAAAAGAGAAGACGAGAGGAAGCUUGGUAUGAAGAGAUCAGGAAUUUGGAAACUGUAGAAGAGAAACUGUUCAAAGUCAACAUGCCAAAAUAUUAUGGCUGGAAACUGUUGUAUUUAGAAGAAGGCAGGAUACCGUAUGGUGUGUUGAAAUACACACAGUAUAUUACAAGAACACAUGUUAUGAAAGAACCUGGUCUUCCAACUUAUUAUAACAAUGUGAUCUCUACCGAACAAUUGGAUAGUAUUGUGGAAGCAGUUAAAAACAACAUAGCAGAUGAUAUAGCUUUUGAAUACUGUAGCCGACACAGGAGGCAUGAACUAAGUGAUGAGGAUUUUAAAAGUAAAGAAAAAAUGGAAGGUAUUGUUUCCAAAGCUAUAAUUGAGAGAAUUAAUAGAACAAUAUUAACUCAUCUAUCUUCUAAGUACUCACAUUUAUUAAAUGCUGAAGUUGAUAUUGAGCCAAGAUUGGAAGCAUCUUGGUUUAUGGGUUUAGAACCUCCAGAGAAUUUAAAAGAAUAUAGAAGAAAAAGAAAACUACCGGAUAAUUAUAUUGACGAGCCGAUAAAUUUUCCUGUUCAGUAUCUGGGUCAGCCUGUUGUACAUUUGAGAUAUAAGCAUCCUCUAAAAGAGAUUAUUUCUCUAAGUGAGUGUGAAAAUCCAGAUUUGGAUGUGCCUACGUUCAAGUAUUUUCCUGUAACAAUGGGUUACUUAUUGAAGCGGAAACAUGUGACUAAUAUACCUGGAUUUUGGCCCGGUGAUGAAAAUGAUUUUGGGUUGUUAUCUUAUCACAAUUGUGCCUAUUUGCACAAAAGAUUACCGUGUUUUGACGAUACGUUAGAUGCGAAAAUAGUACAAGCCAUAUUAGCAUCCUAUAGUUGGUUAUUGACACAAGCUUGUUAUCAAGGUUUCUCUACAUUCAACGAAAUAACGUAUCCACUGACUACUCAAACAAUUAUAACAGAUGGACAGUGGUGGUCGUUUUUUGCUUACCAACUUAAUACUUUAUUAAUGUAUUCUGAGCACAUAGAUACAAAUCCAAAACGUAAUAUAUGCUGGGUUACGGAACCAAUGAAGUUAUUUGACAAGAUAGAAGAUGAAAAAAUUCAUGGUUUAAAUGAAGAGGUUCUCAAGAACUUGAUCCGGUUUUACGUGAAUGUGCCUGAAGAGAGGAUAGGGGUGGAUAUGAAACCGUAUUUGGGAAAAUCCGUGAAAGUAAUAGCCGAUAUAGAACACGAUGAAAGAAGGAAUUGGCUCGAAAACAACUACAAACAUCUCGUAAGCAACAGGCCGCGGCAUAGACGCUUACCAUAUAUAUAUCACUGGCAAAAGAUCUAUCUAAUUGACCAUAAGACUCGUCCGAUGGAUAAGAAACGAGAACCAUUUGAACGCGGAAUUAAUCUGUACAGACGUAGAUUUGAUGAUCAUAAGCCACUUUAUAUACCAAAGUGUUUACGAGAGAACCCCAAGAAAAAGAAGAUAGGACGAUUUGCAAAAUCAUACUACCCGUGACUUAAGGUAUAUUUACAGUAUGUUAAACAUACAUAA